GAUAUUAAUUGAUUCUUUGGAUUUUCUUCAAGGAUUUGGAAAUAUUACAGCUGUGGUGGUGAGAAGUAUCCGUAGUCACGUAAAGAAGGAAACAUUUGUACUCGUUGCCUGGGAUACAUAUAGCAACCUGGAGAAUACAAUCGACUAUAUAAGUAGUAAAGAAUAAGUGACUUCGAUAACAUUUUAUCUUUGUUAUUCUUUCCUGGAUUAAUUUCCUGAUCAAUUUUAAUAACUAAUAUUGAAAUUAAUUUAAACGCAUCAAUAUAGUCUAGGGUGUAUCAUGGUCUAGGGUAUAUAUAUACUUAUUGGUGUUAUUAGUUUGCAUAAUAUAUUUGCAUUAGCCGGCUAGGGGCUGAGACGAAGUAAGAAAACGCUGUGAAUAUUACAAUAAUGUUAUGAAAUAUUAAAAUACUGAAAGUAUAAUACGACAUUGUAUAUAUAGAAAAUAAAGGAUUUCAUUUAUACUUAUUUAAUUGACAUACAAAUUCUUACUAUCUGCCACAAACGAAAUGACCUCUGCUGGUAAACAAGUAUCUUGUUUCGAUAAUGCCACGAUAUUGUAAUAAUAGAAGCUAUAUCAUUGAUCAUUGGUAGUAUUUUAUUUACUAUAUUGUUUGGAGUAAAUCGAGUAUAAAUGUUAAUGAUAUAAAGAUGCAUUGAAAUUUAGUAACUGAUUGUGAUAUCAAUGAGUCUUUACCAGUCAUCAGCUGUAAAAUGACAGAUAGAAUAAAAAUGGCUGAAAAUGGGUUGGGAUCUGAUGUUGGAUCAGUGGAAAAUCUUGCUACCGAGGCGAUUAACUUAGAUAUUGAAGAGCUUGACGAUGCAGAGUAUGCAAUACCAGCUGUGGAGGAAUUACCCUCCUUAGAAAGUAUCUUGACUGAACCAGAUUGUGGUUCACUCUCAGGAACAGAAGAUGAUUUAGCUUCAACAUCUAUAGAAAAAUUAGGAGGUAGUGAAACUGCUAGUGUUGGCAGUCUCCUGUCUUUAAACUCUUUAAGUAAAUCUCUAAGACCUCCACAGCCACCAUCAUCUGGAGCAAUUUUACGACACAUCAUCCUCAGAGGAAUAUCUUCUCAGAUAGUAUCUGCUAGUGAACGAGUUAAUGCUGGCUUGGCUAGUGCUGUUGCUGCUGGUGGCAAUAUGUUAGUUAUAGGUACAAGUCAUGGACUGGUCUUAGGCUUUGAUUCAUCUCAAACUUUAAGAUGGUGUGAUCAAGAAGCAAGACAUCAAGGUUCAGUGUCUGCAUUAGGAUUCAAUCAUGACGGUAGCAGACUCCUUGCAGGUUUUGCAAGGGGACAUAUUUUAAUGAUAGAUAGUGUUAACGGAAAGGUUCUAAGAACAUUAACAGAGGUUCAUCCACCUGGCACUGCUGUAUUACAUGUUAAAUUCACAGACUCACCAAAACUAGCUCUGUGCAGUGAUAGUGGCGGUUCUGUAUUCGAAUUAAGUUUCACACGAGUAAUGGGAGUUCGUGGUUGCGACAGCAAGUGUCUUUUUAGUGGAUCCAGAGGAGAAGUAUGCACCCUGGAACCAUUACUGUUAAAUCGCUUACCUACGCAUCCGCUAAAAAAUUAUACACUGGUAGCCAUGGCCACGCUGUCAAAGGUAAUAGUUGUGUGCAUAAGGCCACGAAUGCGAGUGGUGUUAACACAUGCAUUAAGUGGUCUAUCAGUUUCACCACCUCAAGUAUCCUGGCAACUUGUUGUUAUACAAACUGCUGAUGCUUCUCGUGUAGUCGAUCCUGUUUUGGCACUUGCCAGAGACAAUAUUGUGCAUUUUUACCAGGUGUGUACAGAAGCAGGAUCCAGAGUACGAUUAUCUCCUCUACAAAGGGUCAUACUUCCAUACACAAUCAGCAAUUUACGUUGGCUAAAUGCAAGAUCUUUAGCAAUGCUGGACACGCAGGAAAGAUUACACUUGAUGGAUGUUAGAACGCAGGAUAAUCUUGAAACAUUAGAUAUGAGUCGUGUAGGGAUCUCAUAUGCAUCGAGUCAUUUUAAGGGAUUAUCCACAGGAGGAAAUGUUUCUAAGGCAAUGGCUUUAGCUGGAGAACGAGCAUGUUACAAUACAGUGAUACCCUGUGGAAACCAGCUUUUAUUAUUAGGAACCAAAAGUAUACAUGCAGUGAGCAUAAGAACUUGGACAGAAAGGCUACGUCAUUUAACUCUUCAAAGACGGUUUAUUGAAGCUCUUACUUUGGGUCUUUCUUUCUAUCAAGACAAAGGAAAGGCAGUGGUGGGUCUACGCGGAUCUAAGCAACGCCGUAAGCAAAUAGCUCGCGAUAAAGUUUGCCAAGUUCUUAUUCAGUAUAUGGAUGAGCUUAAUCAUACUCCUACGGAUGACAAUACGGAUUCAGAGAUAGUAUCUAUCUGCGUGGAUUAUUGUGUUCAGCUGGAGAAUGCAGAAUUGCUAUUUGGAAGACUAUGGGACUUAGUAUCCGAGUCUGAUGGACUUAAAGGAACUUUUUUACGCGUUUUGGAAGCUCCACUACUUGAUGGUAGCCUUCAGCCACGAUUACCACCUUUGAUAGCUCAACAGUUAGUUACUCUUUAUGAACAAGAAAAUAGAAUGGAUUCAUUACAGGCUAUUAUAAUUUUAUUGGAUGUUGAUUGCUUGGAUAUUCAUCAGGUAACAACGGUAUGUCGUCAGCGAGGAUUGUGGGAAGCGUUAAUACAUUUGCAAACAACAGCUCUAGGUGACUUCGCUGCUCCUAUACAUCAGUUAGUACCGGUUCUCCAAAGUUCCAUGACUGCUAAUAAAGAUUCACUAAAUCAGGACUGUAUAAGACUAGGAAAUGCUCUAUUAGUAUAUGCUAGUUGCUGUUUAGCUGGACGUGGAUUUCCCAGAGGAGAUCUUCCGGACAACGCAUCUCAAAGAGCAAAGACAGAUAUACUCCGGGCGUUACUCUCCCAGCACUCCAGCCUAGCAAAUGAUAUGGAAAGACAGUAUCCUUACUUAAGGACUUUGCUGAAGUUUGACGCGAGAGGUUUCCUGGACGUGAUUUCCAUAGCAUUUCAGGAAGCGGAAUUCACCUCGGAGAUGGGUUUGAGACAGAGGCAGAGACUAGUUGAUAUUUUAUUGACUAUUGUAAUGCCCAGCACACCACUCAGUCCAAGAAAUCCGGAUUAUCUCACGGAUGAGCAGAGAGCUCUAGUGCUAAUUUUUAUCGCCAAUGAAGUGGCAGAAAGUACAGUCACCCUUGAGGCAUCUAUUCUUAAUAGAGUAAUCGAAAUCCUUUCUACGGAAUGUUCGGAGUCCAGUUCAAGAGAUCAUAAGACUGAGAAGGAAAACACUGUUCUUCGUCUACUACAUUCCAAAAAAUUGAAUAGCAUCUCUGACAACACUCUGUUGAAUUUAGCACAGCAGGCUAACUUUAUGCGAGUCGCAGAACUACUAUACAGUGCCAGGGAAGAUUGGAUUGCUGUGUGUAGAUGCAUCGUAACUGAUUCAUCAAGAUUCCAGGAGCUUUGGUCUUGGUUGGAAAGACUUCCUACGUCAUCUCUUUAUUCUGUGAUAAUGGCCCAUUCUCCAUCGUUAGUAACAAUCGAUGCCCCACGAUUAGUCAACUUGAUAGCUGUUCGAAUGCCGGAUAAAAUUGUUAAGGUCUUGGAUAAAUUGAAAGACCAGCCAGAUUUGGAAUACGCUUGGUUAGCAGCUUUGUAUCAAGCCGCUCAGUAUAAAGAAGAGGAUACUAAGAUUGAAUUGAGUACAGAAUUACUUGAAAAAUAUCUGGAACUCAUGUGUCAAUUAUAUCCAGAUGAUGUUGUUAAACAUAUACAUGGUCCACAUGGUUGUCGUUUGAAUGAGGCUUUGAGGAUAGUUCGAGAAUCAAAUCAUAAAGAUGCAGAAGCUGUGAUGCUUGAGAAGCUGGGAAAUUAUCAGGAAGCUUUUGAUCUGCUUUUAAAAAAAUUGCAAAGUAGUUUUGAUGUGUAUUGCCAGAAUGAUAUUUCUGAUGAUGAGGUUGUCAAAGGUACCACACAGUUAGCUGGAUUAUGCAUAAGAUCUCUAGGAACUCUAGAUUGGAUGCCCUUAGUAGAAACAGUCCUUCGACCCAGUACAGAUAAUAACGACCAAAAAGUGGAAAGUCUUAGAGGGAAACUAUUAAGAAUUGUAUUAGAAUCGCUUAGUGGUACCACGGCACUGUCCACUGUAUUGGAACAAAUUCUUAAACAUCCACUAGCUACAAGUGGAACGAUAGGUGAUAUAAGGCAAUUGCUUACUGGAGUUCUGACGCAUACACGUUACGAACAAACGCUCGUUGAAGCAACAUCCCGAUUAGUAAGUCUGGAGCUACAUAAAGCUCUGAAAAAGACUUUAAGGGAUGCUGGAAAGGCAUGUUCAAACACAUCAACUAUUUGUCCUGUGUGUCGACAAGUGCUUUCUCAAUGUACGGAUUACUUGAUUGUUUUUCACUGUGGUCAUGGAUAUCAUGCAGAUUGUGUUGGCGAGCCCAAGAUGUGCUAUAAAUGUUUAAAUAAAAAAGGCUGGGCUCCUGUUGCCACAAACUUACCACCCACCACCCCAAAGCCCCCAGAGAGAAGACAAAUCCUGCCACCAGCUUUUAUGCAAUCUAGAGAUCUUACCCUGCGACUUGCUCCACCUACAUCCCUGACAGAUCUGGAGGGUAUACUUUAAAAGUCUAGUCCCAUAGAUUCCUUAUUUCAAUAUGAAACCAUUUAAAAUUAGUGUAUACCAUUUAAAGAAUUAGAAUUUUACAUUUCUUCCAUUGGAUCUCUACGUUCUCCCAUUCCACACCAUUUGAAGUAACAUUGGUGUUGUCAAAUAGUUUACACCCGCGUUACAAUAUCAAAUAUAAUAUUCCU